AUGACUGCUGCAGAUGGGAAGGACCUAAAUCUGGCUUUCAACUUGUUCAAGCGUGCGCAGAUUCCAAAGGGGCUUCAAAAUCUGACCAAUUUGUCAUACCUUAAUUUGUCAAAUGCUGCCUGCUUGCUCUUGAUCUGUCCAGUGUCCACCUUGUUUGGAGGAGCUCUAAUACUUGAGAAUCCAAAUCUGCGGAGGCUUGUUCAGAAUCUUCCAAGCCUGAGAGAACUUUAUCUUGACAAUGUCAACAUUUCUGCUCAGAAAAGUGACUGGUGCCAAGCAUUGUCUUCUUCUCUACCCAACUUAACGACGCUGAGCUUGCGCUGCUGUGGUCUAUCAGGCCCUCUUGAUGCUUCUCUCGCAGGGCUUCAUUCUCUGUCGGUUCUACGUCUUGAUGGUAACAAUCUGCAGACAACGGUGCCGGAGUUCAUGGCAAAAUUUUCAAGUUUGACAGCCUUGAAUCUGGGAAAUUGCUUUCUGCAAGGUAUCUUUCCAGACGCCGUCUUUCAGGUACCCACUCUACGGAUUCUUGAUUUGUCCAACAAUAAGAAUCUCAGUGGAACCAUUCCAAAGCUUCCACUGAACAGUUCUUUAAGGACUGUGGUGCUUAGCCACACUAAUAUGUCAGGUGAGUUGUCAGACUCCAUUGGCAAUCUAAGAAUGUUGUCAAGGAUAGACCUUUUUAGUUGCAACUUUACCGGAUUGAUUCCGACCACCAUCUCUAAUCUAACAGAGCUAGUAUACAUGGAUUUCUCUUUCAACACUUUCCUUGGUACAACACCUCCUUUUAGGAUGUCCAGUAAAUUGACUUACCUGGACCUUAGUCGCAAUUCUCUAACCGGUUCACUUUCUCCCAACCAUUUUGAAGGCCUCUCAAGUCUUGUAUACAUCAACUUAGGUUCUAAUUCAUUGAAUGGGAGCAUCCCUCCUUCCUUGUUUAGUCUCCCUUCACUUCAGGGACUUAUUCUCUCCAACAACACAUUUAAUGGCAAGAUUGAGGAAUUUCCCAUUCCGAAUCCCUCUAAUCUGGAUACAGUAGAUUUAAGUUGGAACCGGCUUAAAGGUUCUAUUCCAGAGUCUUUCUUCAAACUUGAGGGGUUGAGUGUACUAUCACUUUCUUCAAACCUCUUCAAUGGCACCUUUAAUCUGGAAAAGAUUCAAAGGUUUCCAAACCUCACAAGACUGGAGCUUGGAUACAACAACUUGUCUGUUGAUACAAGCAGCAGCAAUUCAAGUUCAUCCCAGUAUCCCCAGCUAAGCCGGUUAAAUCUAGCUUCUUGCAACUUGUACAACUUCCCUGAUUUCAGAAAUCAAUCUAAGCUGAUAUUUCUGGACCUCUCAACGAAUAGUAUCAAGGGAGAAGUACCUAGUUGGAUUUGGACCCUUGGAAAUGGAUCUCUCGCUCAUUUGAAUCUUUCAAGUAAUUUCCUGAUAGAUCUCCAAAAGCCUGUCAAAAUCCCUCCUUUUCUUAGAGUAAUAGACUUGCACUCAAACAGCCUCAGAGGUGAAUUCCCAGUGCCGCCAGCAUCAGCUAUCUAUGUAGACUACUCGAGCAAUAACUUUCAGCAGGCCAAUCCAGUUAGCAUAGGUGACUUUGUUUCAUUCACACUUUUCUUUUCUCUAGCAAAAAAUAUCCUUAGUGGAACAAUUCCUGAAUAUCUUUGCAAUGCAACUUACCUUCAAGUUCUUGAUUUGUCUGAUAACAACUUGAAUGGUAGUAUACCAAAUUGCCUAGUAAAGAUUUAUACUCUCGGAGUGCUGAAUCUGAGGGGAAAUCAAAUCAGUGGUGAGAUACCAGAUUUGUUUUCUUCCGUCUGUGCUUUAAAAACGUUAGACCUCAGUCAAAACAAUCUUGGAGGAAAACUCCCACUCUCCAUGGCUAACUGUGCAUCUUUAGAAGUCUUGAAUGUUGGAAGCAACAAGAUUGACGAUACAUUCCCAUGCAAUCUGAAACAUUCUUCCAGCUUGCACGUUCUUGUUCUGCGUAGCAACAAAUUUUAUGGCAACAUCAGUUGUUUUGAGGUCAAGGGGAGCUGGCCAAAUCUUCAAAUCAUUGAUAUAGCUUACAAUAACUUCAGUGGUGCAAUAAAUCCGGGGUGUAUUGCAAGUUGGAAAGGAAUGAUGCUAGAGAAUGGCACAGAGUUGAGGGGAGAUCACAUACGCUUUGAUUUUCUGAGUAACUAUUACUACCAGGAUGCAGUAACAGUUACUGUCAAAGGCCUAGAGCUGGAGCUUGUCAAGAUUUUGACAAUCUUUACAUCUAUUGACUUUUCCAGCAAUAAUUUCAUUGGAGACAUUCCCCAUACAGUUGGAGAUCUCAGCUCACUUCAUCUGCUCAACUUAUCACACAAUUCAUUCUCAAGUGAAAUUCCAAGCUCCAUUGGAAAUCUGAAACAGCUUGAAUCACUGGACCUUUCUGCCAACCAGCUCUCAGGAAGAAUACCACAAGACCUUUCAAGUCUGAACUUCCUCUCUUUCUUGAAUCUGUCCUACAACAACUUGUGCGGAAUGAUCCCAACAGGUAGACAAUUUCAAACUUUUGAGGCGGAAAUCUACGAUGGGAAUUCAGGACUCUGCGGAUUUCCUUUGAAUACGAUCUGCGUCCCAGAGUCACCGGAGGCAACUUCACCUGCAAGCUUCAAAGAGAGAGAAUACGAUUGGCAAUUGAUAAUGACCGGUUUGGGUUAUGGAGUUGGAUUGAUAUUAGUAUUUGUUCCAGUUGCACUGUGCAAGAAAUGGAGGGAAUACUACAGCAAGCAACUCGAUGUAUUCCUAUCACUCAUAUUUCCCACACUCGGAUUCACUAAGUCAAGUGCUGGAACACGAGGACAGAGACAGGACGUUGAAUUAUAAGAUGCUAAGAAAGAGGCAGAGAUCUAAAUAGUCUCUCAUGUACUCAGUGUGCAUUUAUAGCUUUAACAUUUUCUUCUUCUUUGCUCUUACCAUUGCCAUGCAUUAUCUUUAUUAUUUGGGUCAAUCUUAUUUUCGUUUG